AAAGGUAUUGAGUUUUUUAGGAAUUAUGUAUAAAAAAAAAAAAGUUUUAGGAAUUACAGUAAACUAAUCUCAAACGGUUAAAAAAAAAAAAAAAAAAAAAAACAAAAUCCCCUUGAAGCCCUAGUUGUCCUUCUCUUUCAGUUUUUUCCACUCCAUUGAGGCGCCUUCUGAUAUUCAAUCCUCCACUGAAGCAGCUCCUGAGGUUUUUGUUUGUACAAUCUUCUAAUGUCAGGACGGAACCUUGAAAAUGAAAGUUCUUGCCCUGGCUCAGGGACGGGCCCGGUCCUUUCGGCCGAAGAGCUCGAGAGGAAAAAGAAAAAGGAAGAGAAGGCAAAAGAAAAAGAAUUAAAAAAACAGAAGGCAGCGCUUAAAGCACAAGCUGCCAAACUUCAGACACAACAAGCAAGUAACACCUCUAAGAAGACCGAAAAGAAGAACUUAAAGAAGGAUGCUAAGGAAGAGGAUCCUGUGAGUUUUUUAGAUCCGGAGACGUCACUUGGUGAGAAGAAGCAGCUUUCGAGUUUAAUGGCAAAGCAGUAUUCUCCUGCUGUAGUGGAGAAAUCAUGGUAUGAUUGGUGGGAAAACUCUGGCUUCUUUGUGGCAGAGUCUAAUAGCUCAAAACCACCUUUUGUGAUUGUUCUUCCACCGCCAAAUGUGACAGGGGCGCUUCAUAUUGGUCAUGCUCUUACUGGUGCAAUUGAGGACACAAUUAUUCGCUGGCGGAGAAUGUCUGGCUACAAUACAUUGUGGGUUCCUGGAAUGGAUCAUGCCGGGAUAGCAACACAGGUGGUUGUCGAAAAAAAGAUAAUGCGUGAAAGAAAGCUUACCAGGCAUGAUCUUGGCCGAGAAAUGUUUGUUUCAGAAGUUUGGAAUUGGAAAAAUGAGUAUGGUGGCAAAAUCUUGAAGCAGCAGCGUCGCCUUGGUGCAUCGUUGGAUUGGUCCAGAGAGUGUUUCACAAUGGAUGAGAAACGAUCAAAGGCAGUGACGGAAGCAUUUGUGAGGCUGUACAAUGAGGGUCUUAUCUAUAGGGAUCUACGAUUGGUAAACUGGGAUUGUGUGUUGAGAACUGCAAUAUCUGAUAUUGAGGUGGACUACGUUGAUCUAAAAGGAAGAGAAGUGAGAAAAGUUCCUGGAUACGAAGAUCCUGUAGAAUUUGGUGUCUUGACAUCAUUUGCUUAUCCAUUAGAAGAUAAUCUUGGUGAGAUUGUUGUUGCCACUACUAGAGUGGAAACAAUGUUGGGUGAUACAGCAAUUGCUGUACAUCCUGAUGAUAGCAGGUAUAAGCAUUUGCAUGGCAAAGUGGCCAUACAUCCUUUUAAUGGAAGAAGAAUCCCAAUUGUUUGUGAUGCAAUACUUGUUGAUCCAGCAUUUGGGACUGGUGCUGUCAAGAUCACGCCUGCCCAUGAUCCUAAUGAUUUUGAGGUUGGGAAACGUCACCAACUAGAGUUCAUUAACAUCUUCACUGAUGAUGGGAACAUAAACAGCAAUGGGGGCCCAGAAUUUGCAGGGUUGCCACGAUUUAAAGCUCGUGUAGCUAUAACCAAAGCACUGGAAGAGAAGGGUUUAUAUAGAGGUGCUAAGGACAAUGAGAUGCGUCUUGGAAUUUGUUCAAGAAGUAAUGAUGUUGUGGAACCAUUGAUAAAGCCUCAGUGGUAUGUCAACUGCAGUUCUAUGGCUAAGGAUGCCCUUGAUGCUAUUAUUGAUAAUGAUAACAGAAAGAUUGAGAUCAUCCCAAAAACCUAUGAAGCUGAUUGGAAAAGAUGGCUUGAAAAUAUUCGAGACUGGUGCAUCUCUAGGCAACUUUGGUGGGGCCACCGCAUACCUGCUUGGUAUGUUACAUUGGAGAAAGAUGAACUGAAGGAACUGGGUGCUUAUAAUGACCAUUGGGUGGUCUGUCGAAGUGAAGAAGAGGCACAAGCUGCGGCUACCAGAAAAUUUGCGGGGCAGAAGUUUCAGAUUACUCAAGAUCCUGAUGUCCUGGAUACUUGGUUCUCCUCUGGUCUCUUCCCGUUGUCUGUUUUGGGCUGGCCAGAUGAGACCGAUGAUUUGAAGAAUUUUUAUCCAACUUCAGUUCUUGAAACUGGACAUGACAUUCUUUUUUUCUGGGUCGCCCGGAUGGUAAUGUUGGGGAUGAAACUUGGAGGGGAUGUACCUUUUAGAAAGGUUUAUCUUCAUCCCAUGAUCCGUGAUGCACAUGGGCGUAAGAUGUCAAAAUCAUUAGGGAAUGUUGUGGACCCUCUUGAGGUUAUAAAUGGGAUCUCUCUAGAAGAUCUUCAGAAGAGACUGGAGGAAGGAAACUUGGAUCCCAGUGAGCUUUCCAGAGCCAAAGAUGUACAGAAGAGAGACUUUCCAAAUGGCAUUCCAGAAUGUGGUGCUGAUGCUCUUCGCUUUGCUCUUGUUUCAUAUACUGCUCAGUCUGAUAAAAUAAAUCUAGAUAUUCAACGGGUUGUUGGGUACCGUCAAUGGUGCAAUAAACUGUGGAACGCUAUCAGGUUUGCUAUGAGCAAACUUGGAGAUGAUUACUCUCCUCCAACCAGUAUAGAUCCCAACGUCAUGCCAUUCAGUUGCCAGUGGAUACUCUCUGUCCUGAACAAGGCUGUUGCUAAAACUGUAUCAUCUCUUGAGGCAUAUGAGUUCUCUGAUGCUGCUACUACUGUGUAUUCAUGGUGGCAAUUCCAGCUCUGUGAUGUUUUUAUAGAAGUAAUCAAACCCUAUUUUGCCGGCAAUGUGGAGUCAUUUGCAGCUGCAAGAGGUUAUGCUCGUGAUGCAUUAUGGGUUUGCCUUGACAGUGGGCUUCGACUGUUACAUCCAUUUAUGCCAUUUGUGACAGAAGAAUUAUGGCAGAGGCUUCCUCAACCAAGAGAUGCUAUAAGGAAGGAAUCUAUUGUGAUAAGCGAGUAUCCUUCUGUCAUACAGUCCUGGACCAAUGAGAGUGUCGAGCAGGAGAUGGAGCUGACCGAGCUUGUUGUAAAAUCUCUGAGGAGUCUUAAGUCAUUAUUACCUGCUAAAGAAAGACAUGAAAAGAGACAAGCUUUUGCAAUUUGCCUGAAUGAAGAAGUUGCAAACAAUGUUCGGAGUCAUGAGUUGGAAAUUUUAACACUUGCUGGUCUGUCAUCUUUAAAGAUUGUGAAUGAGAAUGAAGCUGCUCUUGCCAGAUGUUCACGAGACGUUGUAAAUGCAUACAUCAGUGUUUAUCUCGAGCUUAAAGGAACAAUUAAUGCAGAAGUAGAGCGCGAGAAGUUGAGUAAGAAGAUGGAGGAAACAAAGAGGCAAAAAGAGGCUCUGGAAAAGAUGAUGGAUGCCUCUGGAUACAAAGAGAAGGUACGGCCUCAACUCCACGAGGAAAAUAUGGAAAAAUUGACCAAACUUGUCCAAGAGGUCUUGUCGCUUGAAAAGGCAAGCGAGCAUCUUGAAAAAGAUAUCGCUGCCCAAGCAGCUAUGAAGAAAUAGAGGGAAAUACAGAGCUGAUUUUAUUUCAGAUUUAUAUUAUGCAUUAUUCCAAUUAUUGUUACUUACAUGGAAGCAAUGUAUCAAUGAUUCAGGAAGUUAAACACUUAAACAUUGUACUCUUUUGUGAUCAUAAGGUCAAAUUUUGUUAACAUUUUAUAUGAUGGCAGUUGUUUUCCCCCUCAUUUAGAAAUGAGCUUGAAGCGUUGUGUGAUCAGACGACAUUACACAUUAUUGAUUGGAAUCUGCAAUUUGUUACAAGUAUACCUA